CCGUGCGCGGGCGAGAUCGCGAGAUCUCGCUGGGUCGGUCACGUGACAUCGUACUUCCACAGUUAUUUUUUCAGGCAUGAUGGCGCCAAACGCCAGUAUCCACUUUUAUGUAAAUAUAUUAUUGAUUUGGUGCGUACCGCGAUCGAGCACGAGCGUUCGCCGUACCGCGGCCGGCCGUCGAAAGUAGCCCCGUCGCGGGGUAACGCGCGGACCGCCGGCGGAGUGAGUAACGGACUGGCCUGCGCCGCCCGCCUGGAAUCGCUAAUGAGGACAUGUUGGUUAGGCUGCCGUGACAGAGAGAGAGAGAGAGGACGAGGCCGUUACGCACUUGCAAGCAAGGAGCCCGUCGGCGUGUUCGCGGCGGCUUGGGAGCGCGCACGGCGACCGCCGGCGGACCCGCGGCCGGUUUCACGCCCGCUCGCGAUCACGUGCCGCCUCGCGCGCGGAAAUAUAUCCGGCUAAUAGAUCAAUAACAAGGUAUUUAAUGGUCUUCCCGAGAGUGUGUGCGUGUGCGGGGGAGACUUGUGGUGGAGUGCGCGCGACGCUGCUGACAUCUGUAUUGUCAAUGUUGUCGGGCAGCAGCAGCAGCAGCAGGAGCACCAGCAGCACCAGCACCAGCAGCAGCGUAAUGGAGCCGUGAGCAUUCUCAGCAGCCGUACGCAGCGCAAUUGCAUCACCGUGCCGCCCGUGAUCCCGCGUGUAUACAAUGAGAUUUAACGCCGCCCGCGGCCCGCUCGACCGUCGGCACGUGCACUCUGACGAAACUCUGCUUUCCAGAUAAUAAAUAUAUGGAUAACUAUGUAGGUGCACACUGUUCACCUGCAUGUGCCACGUACCACUAGCUUAUUUGGCAUAGUAGAAUGGCACAACGAGGGAAGAGGGUGAAUAGAAACGACAAUGAUCUGGCGUCUUGUCCGGGCGCUAUUAAGAGGCGCAAAUGCAGAUUGGGCCCAGCUGCCGCUGGUUCAUCGGCACUGGCAACGUCCAUGGGGCCCUCAGAAGAGGAGGAAACGAUGGCGUCAUCGAGCCAAGGGGGGGCAUCCUGGACCGCCCGACCUGUCAGUGAUAUCAAGAUUCCCAGCAUAUACAAUCGAUCGUCUGCGGAGGCUCCAGCAGAGUUAUUUCGUAAAGACCUGAUUAGCGCUAUGAAAUUGCCAGACAGUGAACCAUUGAGUCCAAACGAAUAUUGGGUUAUAACUGAUCAGUGGAAGCAAGAGUGGGAAAGAGGUGUUCAGGUACCCGUUAAUCCGGAUUCUCUUCCCGAACCGAUGGUCACUGUCACGCAGAUGUCUCCUUUGAAGCUACAAGCUGAAUUCAAAUUGCCUAAAAAAUUCGUAAGAAUAUCUCGUGAUGAUUAUUUUAACUCAGAAGACCAUCAUUUAAGUACUACACCGACCCGAGCAGAGAAAGCCUGCGCGUACGACCUUGAUGAUCUUGACAUCGUCUGGUUAGAUUUAUUCAACGGCGAACGAGCACAGGCUGGACAGGUGACGCUUACGGAAUCGCAGUUAGAACGUGUCAUAGAGGAGUUGGAGGUGCGAUGUUGGGAGAGGAUACAAACAAUCGUGAAGAAUGAGGAGGGACUCGGGAUUGAAUAUGACGAGAAUGUCAUUUGUGACGUUUGCAGAUCGCCGGACUCGGAGGAGGGUAACGAAAUGGUGUUUUGUGAUUGUUGCAACAUAUGUGUACAUCAAGCUUGCUAUGGUAUUACCUCGAUACCGGACGGUUCUUGGUUGUGCAGAACAUGCUCGUUGAGUCAAAGACCCGAUUGUGUAUUAUGUCCCAAUAAGGGCGGUGCAAUGAAAUCAACACGCAGUGGGCAAAAAUGGGCCCACGUUUCAUGCGCUCUCUGGAUACCUGAAGUUAGCAUCGGUUGUGUCGAAAGAAUGGAGCCAAUUACAAAAAUAUCCAGUAUUCCGCAAAGUCGUUGGGCCCUGAUUUGCGUUUUAUGCCGCGAGCGUGUGGGCGCUUGCAUUCAGUGCAGUAUAAAGACAUGUAAAACAGCGUACCAUGUGACGUGUGCUUUUAAAUACGGGCUUGAAAUGAAGGCAAUCAUCGAGGAUGAAAUGGCAGACGAUGGUGUGAAAUUAAGGUCGUAUUGUCAAAAGCACAGUAGGACAAAUACAAAAGACAAAGUCGGUGUUGGUGGCAGCGGAGGAACUGCUGGCGGAAAGGGUGCGUCGGAUUCGGAAGAUGGUGAAUCUAGACGGCGUAAACGGAAAGAUAUGACUUCCGAGGAGAAGAAUCAAGCACGCGCAGCUAAGUUACAAGAAAUCGAAGCCGAAUUUGACAAACACGUUAGUUUGAAGGACAUCACUUCUCAACAAUUGGACAUAGAUGCAGACAGCAUUAUGUACAUUUAUAAUUACUGGAAAUUGAAGAGAAGAGCUGGCCAUAACAAGCCGUUAUUGGCGCCUCGUUGCGGCGAGUUGUCGAGCGCGGGUGCGCGUGCUCAAGGCCAAGCGGCGGACGUGGAGAAGAUGCGAACGUUUGUCCAACUGCGGCAAGAUCUGGAGCGCGUCAGGAAUUUGUGUUACAUGGUUGGUCGUCGCGAGAAACUUUGUCGCACCUUCCUGAGAUUACGCGAACAAACCUUUCACAAGCAAGCGCUGCUAUUGGCCGGGCCAGCAUUGCCUUCCGCGGCGGCUGCCGCCGUUGCCGAGGCGAAUCACGGGCCUUCGAUAUACGAUCGUCUUUAUUCCCAUCCCGACGCCGAGGAUCACACGCACGAUUUUGACAUGAUAGUUGCACGCAUCGCGGGCAUCGAGUCACCGACGCCAGCGUCCAGCGAGGAGAAGAAGGUACAGCCAGAUUUUAACGGUGCGUCGAACAAGAAGUUCUAUUUCAACGGCUCCGUCAGGCGAAAGAGCCUGUAUGGCAGCGACUUGUCGUCGAUGAGUAGCAGCGAAACGGACGCGACGAAGCCGAUGAACAAAGCAACUAGCAAAUGCACGAGCAAGUCCAAGAGCUUGAAAGUCGAGAGCGAAUCGAGCACGGAGGAUGAAGGGAACACCACAUCGAAAAGCAAGACGGUCACUAGGCGGAAAUCGAAGAAAUCGAACGCGCCUGACAGACCACGUGGAGUCAAAUUGCGCGACAGCAGCGAGAGCGACAAACUGGACACGUUGAACAGCAGAUCACGCACUCUGCAGUUAGAAAAGGAGCUCGGUAGCUCAGGUAGCGAGAGCGAUGAAUUGUUACCGUUAAGUACGAACGCUGGCUCUCGCCUCGGACCAUCCGUAGCAUCCGCUAUAUACUCGGACACAGACUCCGACUCGCAAGAGCAUCACUCUCACUCGGCCGUUCUCAUCACGAAAGCCGCGGUGAAAGAAUUCUCGGCGGCGGACAUAUCCAAGAACGCCCAGAAGAACUUCGCGUGUAAGGACGCCACGAGGACGCAGGAUUAUCAGGACGAGUCUACGAAGAACAAGGAGAACGUGAAAGGCACCAAGAAGAAGGAGUACAUACCAUCCGCUCUGAUAGUACCGCAGCGGCAAGCGGCGAAGAAGGCGUCGGAGAUCAUGCAGCGAACGCAAAGUAAAAAAGAGAACACCGCGAGCGAAACCGUGGAGUUUGUGAAGUCACCCGGCGAGCCUCUGAAGCCAGCUAAGGAGAAGCCAUCUGGCAAGAAGCAGCGCGAUGUGAGUAAAACGCCGAAAGAUUCCAAGAACAAUGACGUUUACGAUUUUGAUAAAGAAUUUGGCGACGGCACGGAGAUCCUUGCCUAUGUACCGCAACGCCAGGCGGCGAAGAAGGCCGCGGAGCAUAUCAAGAGCGGCAUGGGUACGAAGACUGUGCAGUCGGAGCUCGAGGUUGCGGAUAUGAAACCAAAGAAGGAAUCGCCGGAUGGUGGCAAGAAGAAGGAGAUCAAGAAGGAAGAGUCGCCGAAGAAGGAGGAGCUGCCCAGAAAGGAAGAGACCCCGUCAAAGGAGAGACGAGGAAAGAAACAGGCGCAGACCGAGAGCAAUAAGAGCGCGUCGUCUCUGCUGAGCAGCAACAGCGAGAGUAGCAGCAGCAGCAGUUGCAGCAGCUCUUCGGAGAGCAGCAGCGAUUCCGACGUGGCCAAGAGCCCGACGCAAAAGAGUGCCGCCAAGGAGCCGGCUUCCUUAAUCACUACCUCGAGUACUACGACAAACACCACGUCGUCUGAGAGCGACACUGGUAAUCAGGUGAAGAACAAGACCGUGAACAAGCGGCAGAUGGUGAACAAAAUCACGGAUGAGACGAUCGAGUGCGAGAAGAAACCUCUCGCGGGGCGGAAACUCAAGAAGCUGCCCGAUAAGAAGCUUAAAACUUCCGACGGGCGGCAUGGACCAGAGUUUCAGCCGCCGCUUACUGAGAGAGAAGAAUCAGGUAGAACCGCAGUACCUAAGGAGCCACAGCAGCCACAGCAACAACAACAGACUCAACAGCAGCAGCAGCAGCAGCAACAACAGCAGCAGUCACCCGGCAAAAAAGCCGAUCAAAGGGACGCAUCCAAAAAGUCGGCAUCCCUGCAAUCGCAACAUCCAGCUGAACAGAGUGUGCUCGGUGGGCCUCGAGAUAAUGAUGGGCUACGAGGUUUUUCUGGGGCCAAGUCUACCAAGAAAUCCAGUCAGCUUGCUAAGCAGACACAACAGCAACAACAGUCUGCUUCCAGAGGCAAGGAGGACUGCAGCGGCGGCGGAACAGUGUCCAGAGCAAAGUCGGAGACUCGCAAACGAAAAUCAAGUGAGGUUAGCACGAAGGAGGACAAGAGUAACAAGGAAGCGACAUCGUUUAAGAAAGUGGAGAAGAAAUUAACGGAGAAAACGAACAAAGAAAUCGAAAAAGACACCAACAAACAUGACGCUGUCAGCAGCAAAAAUGUUCCGGAGCUCUCGGAACUCCCGAAAGUGACUGAGAAUACUCCCAAGACGGACGAUAAGAGGAUUAAGAAGACGAGCAACAGGAACGCAAUCAAUACGCUGGAGGAGGAGAUGAAGCAGCGAAGAGCGGAGCGUGACAGCCCGAAGAAGUCAUCGAGGGGAUUAGAUAAAUUGCUCGAGAAGCGCGAGCAUCUUGACAAACUAUCGAGGAACAGGAGCGCCGCUCAGGAGGUCAAGGUUGAGAGAUCUAAUGAAGAGAGCAAGGACAAAAUUGCGGAGAGAUCCGUCACGAAAGAGGCUAUUAAGAACGAGGAUGUCAAGAAUCACAUGAACGAGGAGAUUGCAGUGCUGGACAUCACGAAAUUAGAGAAGGACGAUGUGAAGAAGGAUGUUGAGAUCAUGUCGGAGAAGCCUGCGGAUAGGAGGAAAAAGACGGAGCAUAAGAACGACAGCGAGACGCAGGCUGCUACUGACGUAAUCGCAACCGAGGAGAACAUUACUAAACAUUUCGGCGAUAAUGUUUCCACGAGGUCGCUGACCGACAGAGUUGCGGCCGCUUCUGUCGAGGCGGCGCCUGAAAAGGAGUGCCAGCAGAAGAGGAGGAAGUCUGUCAAUCGUUCCAUCUUCUCGCCGCAGCACGGCAGCAAGGACCCAAGCGUAUCAGAGUUGUUCGACUUCGAUCAGGACAUCCUGAGCGACGAUAUGGUAAACGACGACGGUUUCAGCAUACCGCGUGACGAGGAGCGAGGAACAGCACCACUCUCCUUCUCCUUCAACAACGAGCUGUGGUUUAAGGAGGACUCGAAGGAGGACAGCGCGCGCGAGACCUUACAUCUUGUAGAGAAACUCCGUAUGGAACUAUCAAAGAAGUCGAAUUCUAGUCAGUUCGAGUUAGAAUCUGUUCCCACGGAGGAGGAGCCUUCGAAGAAGGAGGAGCCGCCACUCCAAUCGGCAGAGAAAGCCGAACAGCAGCAAUCGCAGCCAUUGCUUCAGGAGAAGGUGGACAUAUUGGGACAGCAGCCGGUGGAGCAGCAGCAGCAGUCGAUCGUGCAACCGGUCGAAAUGAAGAACAGCAGCAGCUCGGAAUCUGUACAGGUGUCUGAGGAUCUCACGUGCAAGAAUCACUUGGAGAACAAGAGAAAGCCUUGCUACUCGAGCAACGCCAACAAUGAACCGCAUUACAUGUACGAGAACGAGGAGCGCGAAACGGCGAAAGUCACGGUGGUUGAACGCGCGAAACUCGAUCGGGCCGAGGCAGAUGAGAGAUGGGUGCCACCGAGUAUGGACAAUUUCAACCCGAAUGACGUGCAGCACUUGAACACAUUAAUCGACAACCAGAACCACCGUUACGCCGCCGCCCACCAAUUCCCGAACGACAUCGGUGCUGUGAUGCCAGAUCCCGCGGCGAAUCCCGACGCGGCCCUGGUUGCGCAUCUACAGCUCAACAUGAACAUGCAGGACCAGUACCUGCUGCAGCAACACUCGAUGGAGCGAGUGCAGCAGCAUCUCGAAGCGCAGCACGCCGCGGAACAAUCGCGCGUGCAGUCACUCGCGAUGAUGGAUCAGCAAGUAGCAGCGGCCGCGGGUGGGAUGUCGACGCAGAUCGUCGACGAUAUCACACCCAUAGAGAUGGUAAACCGCCACCUGAUCGGUCUGCCAAAUUCGGAAGACGAUCAGGGCAGCGAGAUGGACCGCGUGCUCGACAAGGAGGACGUUUCGUCGGACAUGAGGCAGGAUUACACGCAGAGCGGCUCGCCCUACAACGAGCUCAAUGGUCGGCCGGACACGCGGUGGGCCGAGAGCCAGGUGUUACCAUCGCGACGCUCUACAUCGUCGUCCGCGUCCUCCGCGGAGGAACACGCUGCCAUACCACCGUACAAGAACGUACCGCCGAUACCGCCGUAUCCGCCAUGCACGAUGGACGCGACCCCUUAUCACUCAUAUUCGGAGACCAGCUCUUACGGGGCCGGAGCGGUGUCGUUGUUCCCGCCGCAGUCAUGUGCCGCCCCGUUGCCGUAUCCAUCGCCUGGCACGGCAAUGUUCCCGCCACCGUUUGGCACGCCCUUCCCGACGCCGCAAUCCUUGCUGCCACACGUGCCGAAGCCGCUUGAAGAGUCGCUCAACAUGCAGGCCUCGCCGUGUACCGCCGCGUUCACUUCGUCGUCGCACAACAUGGCACUCACUGCAGCCAUGGUAUCGCCGACGAAGGUGACUACGCCGCCGCCGGCACCUCCACCGCCAGCAGUGUCGCAGCAGCAGCAGCAGCAACAACAGGCAGCGCCGACGCAGCCACCAUCCGUGGAACCGCCAUCAUCGGGUCAUGUGGCAUCCUUGUUACCGCCGCAAGUUAACUCGCCCGCCGUACCGACGUCCUUCCUCAACACCAUCCCGGAGACGCAAGUCAGCAGCGAGACGGUCGGGAACAUGACGGAAGUGCUCACCGCAGACAAUAAGAGCGCACCGUCGGGCAAGAAGUCGCCGUCGAAGCCGACGAGAACGUCCGCCAGGGUGACAUCGCUGCAGGGUAAAUCGCCCGGGAAGUCGCCACGGCAGGAGGCUACGAAAGCCGUGCCGACCGCCCGUGGUCGUGGUAGAGGCGCCAAGGGUUCUCAUCAGCACUCGAGUUACCGUGGUCGCGGUCGCGGCCGUGGACGAGGUCGUGGCAGAAAUAGCCAGAAUGCGUCGUUGGCGAUGGUGUUGAUGUCAAACGCGCUACACAACGACGACUCGAUUCAAAAUAAACUGGUCGGCACUGUGUACGACUUCGAUUCGGACGAAGAUUCCGCGAACGAGACCAACAUCGCGGAUCUGCGAACGAUGCGCGAGCGCAAGAAGUCCACCGACGUGAACGAGAAGGCGCGGGCUGGCGAGCCGCUCGGCGGAAUGGCGAACGAUGGUGGCAUCCAAUCCCACCUAUCUAGUCCCACGCUUCACGCGAAAAAGUACAUUGAUGACAAGAAGCUCGCGUCGCCGGCAGCGCAUCACGACCACCAGGCCGCCUUGGCCAAAUCCGAGACAAGUGCGAGUCAGGCGUUCGCCGACAACGCGGUCAUGCCUCUUCUACCGGGUCCAGUGGAUAUGCGCACGUACAAUUCUACCGUGGACCAGCCGAGCUCAUCGGUGCACGGCCAGUCAUACGGUAAUCACCUACUUGGUUCCUUCGCGGCGGGAGUGUCUGCGGAUCCGAAUCUACCGGAUAUCGACGACCUGGAGACCGAGCUGUUACACGGUAACUGUUGCGUGCUGAAGAAGACUGCCGGCAAGCAGCAGCUCGCGAGCGAUGGCUUCGAGGAACCGUGUGCAAAGCCGGGCUUCGGCGAUUCGACUCUUGAUCCAUCAUCCGCCUCUAGUUUUGACACCAACAAGGUCUCAUUGACUGAUUCUCGAAAUCAGCUGAAGGUAAAGAUCAAGGGUCCGUUCUUGGACGCGAACUACGUACCGGCAUCGUCGGUGCCGCCGUUAGCUCAACAAGCACCGGUGAUAAUCACCCCGACUGCGACCAGCGCGUCCGUCGCUUCCGGAACAUCGAAUCUUCGUCGUAUGCGUAAGAAAGAAUUGUUGCGCCAGUAUUGUUCACAAGAUAUGAACAUGGACGAUCCGACAUGCGGUAACGUCGCCUCUGCGCCUAUCAUCAUCCCGCCGAUCAAUCCGAAUCGUACAGUCAUCACUAUUCCCAAGGCUGUGGCGUCGAUGACGAGCAUACCAACCCGCGAGGAUUACAAGGCAGUCGUCGAUGCAAACAUGGAGAAGAAACGGCGAAAAGAACGUGGCGGAGGUAGCAGCGCUGCUGGUAAUUUCCUUGACAUGGGCGCGAUCGAGGAGGAGGCCGGUUCCGACAGGAGACGCGGUCUCAUGGUCGGAGCUGCUGGUGAUCGACGUAGAGGCAGGCAGACCAGGCCGUCCGCUACCACGGUGGCGAAUAGCGCUGGACCGCCCAAGUUGAAGAUCAAGAUCGGUAACAGCAUAAUCGGCGGCCAGGAGAUAGGCAACGCGCAGGACGACCGCAGUAGGAUAAGACCGCCGAAGAAACGGUUGAGCAGUAUCCCGAGCACGCCCAGCAUGGAGGAACUGCGCCGCGAGAGCAUGAAGUUCCGCAAGAUGAUCAUGGCGGGCUUCGACAACGAUGAGAAGACCAAGGCGAGGAGCAAGCGCGACAAGAAUGGCAAGCGGAAGAAGCGGCAGUCCAGCAAGAAGGAAGGGCGGGUGCAGAUCCUGGAGGAUGGCGCCGCACCGCCGAAGCUGAUCAUCCGGCUGGGCAAGGCGGGCGCCAAUUCGUCGAGCACAAACGACGCGCCGAGCGACGUACCGGCAGCGGUCCUCGUUGCUUCCGCCUCCACUGCUGCCGGCACCGCUUCUACCGCGACCACCGCUGGUGUCGUUGGCGUCACUGGCGACGAGGACGACAAUCGGCAUCAAGCAUCGUCGGACAACAAGGACAGCCGAGUGGGUCCACCGCCACCCGAGCCCACCAAGGAGGAGGUGGUCUACCCGAUGGAGGGUAACGUCGACGAGAAGCAACCGACCGACCCGAAUGCGGGUGUCACCGCCCUCAGGAACGUCCGUUCGGCGAAGGUAACGCCGAUCCGAUUAAAACUGACGCGCUGCCAGGAGGGCUACGAACUGAAGGAUCCGCUGGUAGCGAGUAGCGCGAGUGUCGACCACGACGACGGUGCUGGUAGUUGUGGUAACAAUAACGGUGGUAGUGCGACGACGAUGGUGACAUUGGCAAACUCGGUGGUGACACCGUCUAGUGGUGCCGACCAGGAGAAGGCGAUGGCGGAACGUCUGUCGUCCGUCGACGCCGGUGUCGCCAUCGCCGCCGCUGUCACUGCCACCGAAACCGGGUCUCAGCAAGGUCAACAGCUGCCGAGCACGGAGAAGCAAUCUUCCAAAGAGGACGAUAUUCCAUUGCUGCCUCAGUCCACGAAUCACAGCUCGUCGGGGUGUCCGCCCGCACCGCUCCCGCAAGGAUGCCAAGUUAGGUGAUAAUUAAUGAUAAUUGUAUAAUACAGUAAUUAGUGGUUCUUUCUUAGGCGAUUCUACGUAUGCGCGCGUAUUGCGUAUAUACACGUACGCGCGCUCGCUGACGAUCGACACUCACCGUGCGUAUGUAUACGUAAGAUACGUUCGUCUGCAUACACCAUACACACAUACACACACACACACACACAUACACGUACACUGUAUAUUAUUCAAUGUUGAGACAGACUUAUUAGAAAUGUUGUAAGAGUGUAACAUAAAUUAUUAAUUAUUGUAAAUGAUCUGAGGGUGAAGUGAAAUUUCACAAAGUGCCCAAAAUUUAUCGUAAAUAUUAAAAGGAAAAAAAAAAAGAAAAAAACACGUGCAUUUCCUCGGAUGUAUAGACGGCCCGCGCUAAGGUGUCUCUUUUCGUUGCGCCUUUCAUCGGAUCAUUUAUAACAUGAUGCGAAAACAGUUUCUCUUUAUGAUGCAGACUUGUCAGUCAUCGGCAAUCUUAACUAAAGGAUAUCGAAUUACAUGACACAAUUAUAUAAUUUACUUUUUCUUAUAAAUAUGAUUUUAUGGAAAAUCAAAUGUGCUUUCUUCUCUCUAGAGAUUCAAUGAUGACUUUUGAAAAGUAUUUUUAUGAUAUUUGUGUGCUAUUUUGGCUGAUCAAUCAUAACUUAUGUUUUCUGUUUUCAGUACUUCGCGAAAAAUGUCUAAACUUACGUAAAGUUACUAAGUUGUUGCAUUUAAGAUUGCCUUAUCCGCGUAUUACUUCACGAAUCGCUUUAGCGUUUAACGCUUUAAUGCAACAAUCACAAUGAUAUAUUUCGGAGUCGAAGUAAAGUUGUAAGAAAAGUUAGUUCUCAAGAGUAUCUUGUCCUCUUUAUUUUCUAGAUAAGAAAUGCUGCUGUUCUUACGACAUUUCUAUUUUACAGUUUACGAAAUCGCAAGCUCACUCACACCGAAUUCUUGCCCGGAAAGAGCAUUUUUCCCCGCGAGUAUCGUUCGACGUGCGACGCUCAAAGAUAUCUCUCACGUUCGUCGAUACGACCUCACUUUAACACGGUGCUCAAAUGAGAACUUAAAAAAAAGAAAUCGAUAGAAUGCAUUAAUUCACAAUGUUUUCUGGCGAAAACAGAGCUCGUGUCCGAGCCUCAUUCAGCAACGAUCGACACUUUAGUGCGGGAUAUUGCGUCUGCAACGUAAAAUUACCUUGUACAAAAAGCAUAUUUCUCAAAUCACCGCCUAGGUCGUGAUUUUUAAACGCUAGUUAUAACGAAUUUUAAUAAACCACAACACUUGUAGAGUAUACAAUAUUUCGACCGAAAACUAUACCGAUUAACGUGGCAAGGAGAGCGUAAUACCACCCGGACGUGAAACGUCCAAUAUGAGAAAAGGGAUACGCGUCUUUGUCCUGUUCCUUUUUUUUUCUUUUAAUUUUCUGAACAAGUUUUUGGCAUGUUAGCCAGGUCCGUGUUGUUCACAUUUAAAAUGAAAAGAAAGAGAAACACCAAUACGCGCUUUUUCGCGUUUGACAAUUGCAAUCUGUAGAAUACUACGACGCGGAUGUACCGUUGUUCUCGAAAAUCGCGUUCAUGCCUUUUGUUUCCUUCCCUUUCAUUUGUUUUCGCUUCACGAUUUGCGCAUACGAUCGUAAAAAUGUUAGACGCGAAGUUCAAGACAUUUUUUAAUUAUAUUUUUUUACACGUUAUACGUUGCAUCGUGUGUAGGGCGAUUUUGUUGCAUAGUCUUUUUAUAGGACCAACGCGUCAUUAUUAAUUGUCACGAUUAUCUAUUUUAUCCUUUCUCACAUUAUAGCUCUGCUACGUGUAUUUAUUUAUAGUGAUCAAUUUAAGGCGCUAUUUAUUGACUACGUUCCUUCUCUGAGAGCCUCCAAGAACGAUUUUUAAACGAUCUUUCAGUUCUUCUUUCUUCUCUUUCUCUCUCUAUCUGUUUAUUAUUAUUACAAUUACUAUUUACUACACUUUACUAUUACUAUUAUAUAUACACAUAUAUUUCUUAAAUAUGUUUUGUGUUAAGAACUAUCUUUUUAAUCUCACCAGAUAGGUAACAAGAGUUAUGCGCAUAAAAUACUCAUGGUUGAUGAAGCGGCGUGCCAUGUUUUUUUUUAUAUUGUAUUAAAAAGAAAUGCAACCGAAUUGCGAGCGUUACAAGUGUAAAAAUAAAAACAAAUGAACAAUUUUCUUUUUGACAUGCAUCACGCACACAUUCGAUAGAUCGCGAGAUAAAUAUAAAAACGCAGGACAGUGACAUUUUGUCUUUUUCAUUUUAUGCGAGACAGAGGGAUGAGAACGCACCUGAUCAUACCCCUCACAUUUUAUGAGAGACUCUCUCAGUAUCAGCAACUUUAGAUAUCUUUGUUAAUUAUAUAUGUCAUGUUAAUUGAAUAUAUUUGAUAUAUAUAUAUAUUAUGAGUUUGAUCGCAAAUAUCCAUAUUACUUCUGUUUCCGUCAACAAACAGCUUUUUUUCCAAGUGGAUUGUAACUACGUAAUCUGGAAAGUGAUCAAGAUAUGUAUUUAGUUACUAAUUUUGUAUCUUAUAUAUAUGUAUAUAUAUAUAUGUGUGUGUGUAUAUUAAAUCGCGUAUUUGCAUGAACUAUUUAAAUUUGAAAUAUAAAUGUUUAUCUGAAAAAAAUAUAUGCGGCACAAAUAUUUAAAAUAUGUCGAAAGGCAUUCUAUUCUUUUAAAUGUAUUGUGAGUGACUGUAACAUUGUUACGGGCAUUUAUAUAAUUUACAAAAUUUGUUAUUAUAUUUGUUAUUUUAAAUUGCUGAUACGACAGAGAUAUAGAUUAGGAAAAAGGAAAACAGUAAAACAGUUGCAGUCAGGUGUGCAGUAUUUGAUCAAAGAGGAUUCAGCGGUAAUUGUAAAUCUCUUGAGUCGAUCUCGCGAGCGCCCCGCAAGAUGCGAAUGAAAUUGAAAUCACUGUAUGAUAAAUGAAAUUGAUAUCAUUUGAGUUCUCAUUGGCCCAGUUGUGCGACGAUGGGAGAUUCUGCCGAUUGCGCUGAUCCGUGCAAUUGUUACGACGUCCGUAGGAAGGUCCUUCGUCCCGGUCCUCGCACACCGUCGAUUGUGGAGUGAUAAAAUAAAUCCUGGAGUACCGAAUCUUGAAAGUAACACAUAACAGCGAAGGAAGCGGUUUCAGUCCAGUGAAUUAGGAUGGAACGAAAAUGAGAAAUCAUUAGUGUCGCAAUGAAAAUUGAAGAUAGAUGGCAACCUUGACAGCCGGGCAACGUAACAAAUGUCGGGAUAACAAAGGAAGUUUUUGAAUUUUUCGAUGAACGAGAUCCUCUGCACUCCACAAUCGUGACGCGACGCGUAGGAUUACAAGCUUGUACAUAAGUACAUACAAUAUUGUGUAUAUUGUAUACGUACUCGGAUAAGACACAGGAAUCUGUAAUUGGUAUGAAGUUUAUGUAACGGCUGUGUGUUACCGUACGAAUCUUAUCUUCCAGGUGGUCUUAAGUUACUUUCUUCUUAGACGAGCACGUUCAGCAAAAUAAAAAAGAAGAAAGGAAAGAACAGACGUGCAAGAUUGCGCCGAAAGACUUUCAAUACCUUUUUUCAAAAUCAGUUGAUCUGUCUCUAAAUGGAAGGCGUGAUUUCUUACCGAUCGACGAACUUUUGGAGGUCCUCGAAGAAAAAAAUUGCAUUUUAUUGGAAAGAUGGAUUUGACCGCGAUGUUUCUCAGUACAAUCACUGCUCUUGACGAUCGUCUCUUCGAGUAAGCUGUUCGAGCAAACCUUUAGGCAAAAGUCACGCACAGCAUGUACCAAAGAAAGUUUGUCGACUUGAGGGUCUUUGAGGGAGCCGGCGAAUCCUUGUAAUUUGACGUUAAGUAUCUUCCAUGCACGUUACAGACACGUACACACACAUACACGCGUACACAUAGGACAAAAUAUACGUAUGUACAUCCGUAUGCGCGCGCGCGCGUUGGGCUAAAAAGGGUAAAAUAGUUUUUUGCCGCGAUCUUGCGUCUCGUAAAAGGGGUGAAAGAGAGAGCGAGAGUGAGGUAGCGAGAGAGUGCGCGAGUGAGAGGGUGCGUGAGAGAGCCCUGACGGAUUACCGUUUCAUCCCAAUUCUUUAUUGUCAUAACUCUUUAUUUCCUUGUUAUACAGCGCAAAAAUCAAAUCAAACAAAGUAUUGUUUAUUUAGCGUGUCGGCGAUUUUUGCGCGCUCGCCGCCGCCCUAAAAUUCUCAUUGAUCGUGGAAGCGAGCUUUUCCUCCCUGCGACUGCUCGAGCGCGUGUCGUGCUCGGUCAUCGAUCGACGAUCAACGAGCUGACACGCGUGUCGGAUUGCAUUCAAACGUUUGGCGAGCGAAAGGAUUUUUCCAGACAUACAUUACAUACAUCGCGUUGUACAUUUUUUCAGUGAUAAGCAGAGUUUUAAGAGCCUAUUGUACAGAAUUAAAGAAUAAAUAUUUGAUUAAUUUCUAAUCAUUUCUUACAAUGCGUAUAUAUGUAUAUGUAUAUACAUAUAAUUUUGCAAUAUGUAUAUAUAUAUAAGCAUAUAUGCUUCGAUAAUGAUAACUCUAAUAACAAAAGUAACGAUUUAAGAUUAUAUAAAUAUAUACAAAUAUAAAUAUAUAAAUAUAUAAAUAUAUAAAUAUAUAUAAAUAUGAAUAUAUAGAUAGUUUUAUUAUAAUACAAAUAAAGUAAUAUGAUAUUUAGUUAUUGUACAUAGUGUAAGAAAGCUGGUCUUGUAAGAUACGGAUAAGGUGUUUUAAUGUGCACAUAGUCGCGUCAUUGUCAAUAAUCAUAUUAUUACGAUUAAUAAUAAUUACAGUUUUUUACA